AAAUCGAAUUUUAAAUUCUUUUUAAACAGAGAACAACAUUAGGGUUCCGUUCCGGCCAGUGACAAAUUUCGAAGUUAUUCGGGCAAGUUCGAACAAACUAAUUAUACAAGAUAAGGACAUGCCAAUGCAGUGUAUGCCCGCGACGCGUUUAGUUCUAAAUUUGAACUUGGAAUUUUUUUAAAUUCGGCAUCCCCCUUGUGGACCACAGACAGUGAUACAGUGUUUUUUUUUUUGACAAUAGUGUUGCGUGAUUAAUGAUUGUAAAACGGAUGAAAGAAAAUGGGGAAAAAGAAGAAAAAUAACACGAAGAAGGCUGGCAACAGAUUCUUUCGUUGGAUUAGAAGUGACCUCGCUGAUGAGGAAGAUAAGAAGUCUCCGGUGCUCCUUUUAGGGGUGAACAAGAUCUCCGACUCGCCGUACGUCAGGAGGAGAUCGAUAGAACCUCAUUCGUCGGGCUCUAUAAGAUUCUUCAGACCGCCCAAGUCCAAAUACACAAGGGGCCAGCACGGUGAUGAGAGACUGGAACAGAUCAGGAAGGACCUCCUCGUUCACAAGAAUAAACCGGACAGCUACAUUCCGAAGGUCGAGCACGAGAUCUUCGUUGAGCAGGAGGAGAAGUGCUCAAAGCUGAGUUGCGUCGGCAAUUGCAUCUGCGAUCGGAAGAAGAGCUCGAACCGCGGCUCUUUCUCGUUCCACAGACCCGACCAACUCCUUCCCAAUUACCAACCACAAUGUAGGGAUUACUCUGAGAACGAGAUAGAAUACAAAUACACAGAACACAUUCCACUAAACCAGCCGUCGAGUAGUAAGCAGAGUUAUAACGUCACCCCUAAAUCAACGGAAAGAAGACACUUCCUACUCGCGAACCUUAACGAGAGAUUCAGAAAGACUCUGAGCUUGGACUCCCGCAAGGACACGAGGGUGCUAAGUCUGCCCCAGGAAAACCGACCCAAAUCAUUCAUAAACACGAGCAACAUUUGCGUGCAACAAUUCAAAUCGGGCGACCCCUUCAUCCCGACGAAUUUUAACAAGGGCAGCCAACCUAAGAAAAAGCGGAAGUCGUUUUUUUCGCUAGACACGUUUUUCGAUACGAAAAAGUCUGACACGUCAUCCGUUGACGAUUUUUGCUCGUCCAAAUAUAAAAGAUUCGAACUCGAGAGCGAUGACUCGCCUGUAUUCAGACGCGACGAUCACAAACGGGUGAAGACGCCCGAUUUGCUAAACCUACCGGUCAUCAUUGAUUCAGUUAAGAAGAAGCAUUCCGAAACACGAAGACAGCUGGAGAAGCUAGAGAACUAUUACGUAAAAAACUUAAAUAAAACCCAAGCGGUCGUUGAUGCGGUCCCGAAGGACGCAACCGAUGUCCAAGGGCCGAGCGGACACGCCAAUCACGUCUACAUAGACGACGAGGACGUGGAAUACAUUGAACCGAUACGCAGCAACUUCACAAGCCAAAGCACUUUGAUCCUGGACAAAAACAUUCUUAUACCAGACCCCGCAAAUAUAUCCGAUGCCGAAAAUCAUAUAACCGUAUCACAUAAUUACAGAAAUGACAUUGACAGUAUAGGACAUUACGAAAUCGAAGUUAAGGAAUCAGAUUUAAUAAAGAAUCGGGUCGCGGAUUUAAUUGUUAAAGUGAUGGAUAAGUCGGUGGAUUCUAUAGGUAGUUGUUCGUUGGACGUGGAUGCCAGCACGGAUUUCUCAGAUACAACGUCGGGUAGUCUGAAUCUCCUAACUCCAUCGUCUACCACAAGUCGAGUGAGAGACUUCACAUCCCGCAUACAAGAGCGGGCUGGCUCGAAUCUACAACAAAACUACUUGACCCCAACCCCAGUGGUCACCCCAAUCAGGACCCCAGAGGAGACCACACCGACUCCUAGAAAAUCUGAGCAUCUCCUGAAACCACCCCCAAAAGUUCACGUCGACUCGUCAAGUCAUCGAUCCCGUGGACAACACAAACGUCGAGACGAUCUGCCCCAAAAGAAACCAAGCUACUUGAACCUAGCCUGUUCCGUAAAUGGCUAUACCAACUUAACGACCUACGACUCGAAACUAAGGCAAGACAUAAACAAGAGCCGGGAAGCGUCACCAAUCCGACCGAUAACAUACACAUAUCAGUAUAGAAGCGAAAAUAAUUCACUCUUGGUACCCGUGCCGGUCAGCGCGAACAAACUGCUCGUCCCCACCUUCGGGCCUCAUGAUACAAGAACCGAUUUGACGGCGAAAGCGCCUUCCAAGGCGCACACUGAUCCGUCGCUGGCAACAUCGACCCUCCAUGUGUAUAUGGCCGCUGAAAACAAACAGUUGAAAGACGAUUUUCUGGGCCCCGACAUGACGACCACAAGCCGCCCUUACAUAUCGACAGAGAGCAAGAACUUUGCUACCUCGAUGCUCCAUCAGAAAGACGAAUUGGACAAUGCAAAGGAGAUCACCUUCAAAUCGAGCUAUUCCGAGACGAAUUUCCGGAACACUGUGACCAGUAACGGCAAGGACUCUAGGUUUACAUCGGAAUCUUACACGAUAUCGUCGAACGGGAUGUCGAAGAGGGUUGAAAUAACGAAAGAAAACGGAGAAAAGUUGACGAGUCCCAUGAAAAGCUUCAUACAACAACGGGUCGAGAGGCUGUACGGCCCCGGAGCUUUAGCCCAGGGGUUUUUUAACCAGAAAAGAUUGAAAAGUCAAAGUGAAGACGAUGAUUCGAAGGUAUUGACAGAGAAAUCUCUAAAUUGCCCGGAAUACUCGGUAAGGAAACUAAACAAGAGCUUUGAUGACGCCUACACCAGUCCAAAUGGGAAUCUAGAUUCUAGCGUCUCUCUACCUGUGCUCAGGCACCUGAGACCCGAAUUUCGGGCCCAAUUACCAAUACAUUCACCAAAAAAGAGUGUUAAAGCUGAACUAUCGCCGCAGAAAUUAGAAGAAGACAUUCCACGACUGGACACGAAGACUGAACUCAGCGAAGUGGUGACGAACGGUGUAUCUGUGAUAAAAAUUGAUGAUUCCUUGAAUAACGAUGCUGUCAACGGCAAGGAAAUCAACGGGGAGGCAGUCAAAGAUGCCUAUUACUUUUUGGAUCUCGAGAAGAAGGAGACUGAGAGGUUAUUGGCAUUGUCUGCCAGUGCUGAAAAGGAAUUGGAGAAUUUACAGGAUAAAGAUGUGAGCGAAGAAGUACUUGGCCUGCUGCGGGCCGCCUCCGGAAAGGCCAGACUCCUGGCCACGCAGAAGAUGCAACAGUUUGAAGGACUGUGUUAUAACAAUAUCAAUGAGAGGCAAGACGAGCCCUUCCCGACCACAGUCGAAGACCUCCAGGGCUUCUGGGACAUGGUGUGUCUGCAGGUCAGGAACGUGGACGCCCUGUACAGGCAUUUGGACGAGCUGAAACAGAACAACUGGGUCGAGGUGUCCCCGCCCCCCUCUCGGCCGGCGAGCGUCCCGGCGGCGCGCCCCCGCCCCCGCGCCCCGCCCGUCGCCCUCAACGAGAAGGCGAGACUAGCUGCCGAGAAACGAGAGCCGACAGGAAAGCCAUGCUUGAACACAGAAGGCGCGUCGCCCGCGAGCGUCAACUGGCGGCCCGCGCCUCCACCUCCGCGAGCCAGAGUCAAAGCGACGUGCCCGUCGAAGGCAGUCAGGAAGUGGAAAUCUUUGUCGGAAAAACACCGAAGACACAGGCGCCGACGGGGGACUGCACUAGUGCUACUGAGCAAAGCUGAUUGCACUAACUAUAUAGAACACAAUAAUAAUCAAAUAAAAUUUAAAAUAUUUUUAAAGAGAACAUGGCUUGAUUAGUUGCUAAGAAAUUUACUAUCCAAUAUAUUCCCUAAGACGUUCGUAUCUACAAAGAAAAAAAUAAUUAUUAAAUGAAGUUCUCGGUUACAUUACAAACAAAUUUUGCAAAGGUUACAUACAAAUUUCAUGCAGUUUCUUAUGUUUUAAAUUACUUCUCAAGAUAUUGUUCCCUUUAAAAUACUAUUCAGGAUUUUAGUACAGAAAGGGCUUUUUCGAUUUUUUCGAAGCAACCUUAUCAAUUACGUGCUCGAAAAAAAUUAUUGUCUGACAAAAUUAAUUCAAUCACUAUGAAUUUGAUGAAUCUGAAAGUUGUAUACCUACAAUUAUAUGCUAAAACAAUUUAUUACAAAGCUCACAUUGUAACAUAGUAUCCAUAUAUCAUAAGGUACAGGAUUAUUAUGCAUUAAAUAAAUAUACAUAUAUAUAAAAAUCGCUUUGAAAUGUAUAAGAUUAUUUAAAAAAUAAUUAAUUAAAUAGAGACGCCAUUGCGUUAAGAAUGGAGAAAAUAAAAAUGACAGAUCGAAUCCGAAUUUUCCUAUUAAAAGCAUUGUAUAUUUAUUUUAAAUUAACUUAGUGUAAGAUAUGCUCUAUUAAAUAAAAUCGCGGAUCAGAUUUUCUUAAAUUGUGUAAUAAUUAAAAUUAAGAAAAGAAAAAUUCUGGUAACAUUAGCACAGACUGCAAUAUUUCAUUAUUAACUGAAAGUAAAUGAGAAACAAUUUGAUAUGUAUUGUUUGGUUGUAAAGAACUUUGUGAGAAUAUAAAGAAUGAAUAAUGAAUAAAAUGAAUGUCAAAAUUUCAUGUUUAUCCAUUUCUUGUGUGAAUGUCCAGUGAUAUAUUGUAAUGUUUGUAUUGACGGAUGUUUGUAAAAAUGUAUGGUUUUUUUAAUGAUUAUUACAAAUUUAAUGAAUUAUGAUACUCAAAGCAUUAACUAUGUAAAUCGUAUUUUUAACUUGUCCAUUUACUCUUUUUUUUCUGAAUAAAUUAUUG